AUGGACACCUUAGAAUACAUCAACGAACUCACACGGGGGAGAAACUAUUUAAAUGUAUUGAAUGUGGAAAGAGCUACAGUACAAGUGGAACCCUUAGAAUACACCAACGAACUCAUACAGGGGAAAAACCAUAUAAAUGUAUUGAAUGUGGAAAGAGCUACAGUGAAAAUGGAUACCUUAGAAUACAUCAACAAACUCACACAGGGGAGAAACCAAUUAAAUGUAUUGAAUGUGGAAAGAGUUUCAGCAAAAGUGGAGCACUUAGAGUACACCGACGAAUUCAUACAGGGGAGAAACCAUUUAAAUGUAUUGAAUGUGGAAAGAGUUUCAUUGAUAGUGGAUCACUUAGAAUACACCAACGAACUCACACAGGGGAAAAACCAUAUAAUUGUAUUGAAUGUGGAAAGAGCUACAGUCAAAAUGAAACACUUAGAAGACACCAACGAACUCACACGGGGGAGAAACCAUUUGAAUGUUUGGAUUGUGGAAAGAACUUCAGUAGAAGUGAAAAUCUUAGAAGACAUCAACGAACUCACACGGGGGAGAAAGCAUUUAAAUGUAUUGAAUGUGGAAAGAGUUUCAGUGAUAGUGGAUCACUUAGAAUACACCAACGAACUCACACGGGGGAGAAACCAUUUAAAUGUAUGGAAUGUGGCAAGAGUUUCAGUGAUAGUGGAUCACUUAGAAUACACCAACGAACUCACACAGGGGAAAAACCAUAUAAUUGUAUUGAAUGUGGAAAGAGCUACAGUCAAAAUGGAUCACUUAGAAAACACCAACGAAUUCACACGGGAGAGAAACCAUUUAAAUGUAUUGAAUGUGGAAAGAGCUACAGUCAAAAUGGAUACCUUAGAAUACAUCAACGAACUCACACAGGGGAAAAACCUCAGAUACUUUAAUAAACCGCAUAGGUGUUUUUUACCUUUCCUUCUAUGCUUCCUUGCAAUACUGAUAAAAUCAAACCACCCCAAUGCUUUCAGCCCCAGAAGAGGAGCUCCCCUUGAUGUCAGGGGAGGGGUCCAAGGGAGAAUCUGUAGCCCUGCCAUUCUUUCUGUCCCUGGCCCCUUCCCCUCCUCUCUCCACCAUCCCUGGGCCACUCUUGACUCCACAGCAGGAGACUGGAUCUGUCUGUGA